CGGUGAACAUCGUAACACUGCACUCUUACAUUUGAGUGCUCGUCUAUCAUUGGUUAGGGAGCUACUUCCUAGCGGCGUCGACUUGAAUCAAGGGCAGGUAAUAGUGUUUUCCCCAUUUCAGGCGAUGGAGGUACUUGAGAUAGAGGAGACGAUCGCCGGUGUGUGGUCAUUUCACAGGGACGAGAAUCUGGAUGGAUACCUCAAAGAAUGUGGUGUAAAUUUCAUCUUACGUAAGCUUGCCCGGGCUGCCUGCCUCUGUAUUACAAUGGUGAUCUCUAUAGAGGAGGGUCAGUUACGGAUACAAAACAAAGGCCCUAAAAACACAGACCACAAAGCUCACCUGGGAACAGAGAUCCACAUUACAGACUUGAAUCAUAAUCCUAUGAUGGAGGUACACACGUGGGCUAACAAUCAGCUGAUUACAAUGUCUAGACCUACAGAGGGCUCUAAAGCACUUCCUACAAAGGUCAUACGGGAACUGGUGGAUGGCCAUUUAGUCAUGACUCUCCUGGUAAACGAUGUUGUCUGUAAAAUGAUUUAUAAACGGAAAAGUUAAUCAGUCAUCACAAAAGAAAAAUGGAAAACUCAAAGGAGUGGACGUAAAAUCCACAGCUACUGUCCAUCUGUCAACUGUGUUUAGUGUUUCAAGCUCAGGAACUGCAUUAGUGUGUACAUCGAAGACUUGUUAUGUUGGAUGUAGCAGAACUGCAAAAUGUGAAUGUUAGUGGCGGAUCCAAGUACAUGUAACCGUGUGAAUGGAAAUGACAUACUGGGUGCCACGUUAUCUGAACAAAUCAAUAUAUGGUGCUGUUUUUGUGUGAUAAUUCAUGAGAUAUUGUUAUUAUUACAUUGUUUUUUUUAUUUCUGAAAGAAAUGUUUUACGAUCAAUGUUAGAAUAAAGAUCGAUGAUUGAAAACAAUAUUUUACUAGAUAAAUCCAGCAAAAAUAUAUAUCUUCAAAACAUUCAUUUUUUAAUGACCGUUUUGUCUGUUUGUUUAGUUCUCUUAUCUGCUAAAAUAUUUUUAAGAAGGAUUCCAAUACUCAAAAUAUGCUAUGGGGAUAAUGAGGACAAAAUCGGUGUAUUAAUAAUGGACUUACUAUUAGUAUAGAAAAGUCAUUCAGCAUUUGUCUUAAUGACAAUUUGUAUUUGCUGACAAAGUCAUUGUAUCGACUAUAAA